AAACCUCAAGCCAAAAGCCCUUUACCUACCGAACCGACAACAGUCAUCAUGAGCGAAGCUCCUCAGGCCCGUCGUGUAGGGUCUGUGGAUGACCACAAUGUCUACGACGAUGCGAAAACGUACUAUACAUCCGAGGAGCGGCACAACAACUCGAGAAGCGGUCCUAGGCAGAGGACGUACUCGCAGAACAGCUUGCUUGGGCAGAUGGAGCGAUUGGGUCUGAAGGAACCAUUCCGGAGAGGCAGUCAUGACGAGUCCAACCACAACAGACGUUUCCUCAUCCAGGUUGACCCCACCCUCGAAAGCCUGAAAUCCCAAGAGGAUACCGAUGGAAACAUGCAAAUCACCAUCGAAGACAAUGGGCCCAAGGUCCUCACUCUUCGCACCGCAGGGUCCAACGGCCACAACAGAUUCGACAUUCGUGGCACUUACAUGCUCUCGAACCUUCUUCAAGAGCUGACGCUUGCGCAAGAAUAUGGACGCAAACAAGUCAUCCUGGAUGAGGCACGCCUCAACGAGAACCCAGUCAAUCGUCUGUCCAGGUUGAUUCGGGAUCACUUUUGGGACGCCCUCACCCGCCGCAUCGAUGCAUCCAGCAUUGAGGUGGCAGCCAAGGACCCCAAGGACUGGACCGAUGACCCCCGGCCUCGCAUUUACGUGCCAAAGGGGGCGCCUGAGCAGCUCGAGUACUACAAAAAGUUGGCCGCCGAUAAGCCCGAGAUACGAUUGGAUGUCGUUGAGCUUCCCGAGACUAUUACUCCCGACUAUGUCGUCGGCAUCAACAAUGCCCCGGGUCUUCUUGCAGUGGAUAUGGAAGAGACCGUAGACCCCAAGACCGGGGAGAGGGUCAUGAGUGGUCGUCCAUUCGUCGUUCCUGGCGGCCGUUUCAACGAGCUGUACGGCUGGGACAGCUACAUGGAGUCUCUCGGCCUUCUUGUUAACGACAAGGUGUAUUUGGCCAAGUCCAUGGUCUUGAACUUCUGCUUCUGCAUCAAACACUAUGGAAAAAUUCUGAACGCCACCAGGUCAUACUACCUCUGCCGAUCCCAGCCGCCAUUUCUCACCGACAUGGCUCUGCGCGUCUACGACAAGAUUCGACACGAGCCUGACGCAACCGAGUUUCUCCGGACCGCCAUACUCGCUGCGAUCAAGGAGUACCACAGUGUCUGGGUGGCCGAGCCCCGUCUAGAUCCAGUUACUGGGCUCUCGCGAUACAGGCCCGAGGGGAGAGGUGUGCCGCCGGAGACCGAAGCUGACCACUUCUUGCACAUAUUGGAGCCCUACUACAAGAAGCACAACAUGACAUUCAAAGAGUUUGUAGAAGCGUACAACUCUGGUAGCAUCAAGGAGCCGGAGCUGGACAAGUACUUCCUGCACGACCGAGCCGUGCGAGAGUCUGGUCACGAUACUUCAUACCGUCUAGAGGGUGUAUGUGCAGACCUGGCGACCGUCGACCUCAACACCUUGCUGUUCAAGUAUGAAACAGACAUUGCUCGUACCAUUCGCAACGUGUUUGGAGACAAGCUCGUUAUCCCAGCCGAGUACUGCGUUGGCUCCCUUCAGCCAGGUCAGGUCGAGACGUCUGCAAUCUGGGACCGCCGGUCCAAGCGGAGAAAGCUCGCCAUUGACAAGUAUCUGUGGAAUGAGGAGGAGGGCAUGUACUUUGACUAUAACACGGCUAAGCGCGAACAGUGCAACUACGAGAGCUGUACGACCUUUUGGGCACUGUGGGCUGGCGUUGCAAGCCCCAAGCAAGCGGCUAUUAUGGUCACGCGGGCACUGCCCAAGUUCGAGGCGUACGGAGGCUUGCUUUCAGGCACGGAGAAAUCAAGGGGCCAGAUAGGACUGGAUCGACCCAACCGUCAGUGGGACUACCCUUAUGGCUGGGCGCCACAGCAGAUGCUUGCCUGGACUGGCCUGUAUCGCUACAGUUUCACCGAGGAGGCUGAAAGGCUAGCAUACAAAUGGCUCUUUAUGAUCACCAAGGCCUUUAGCGACUUCAACGGCGUGGUGGUAGAGAAGUAUGACGUGACACGCCCUGUGGAUCCCCACCGUGUCGACGCCGAGUACGGAAACCAGGGUCUUGGGUUCAAGGGAGUUGCGAAGGAAGGGUUUGGCUGGGUCAAUGCCAGUUACAUCUACGGACUCCAGAUCAUCAAUGCCCAUAUGCGCCGUGCGCUGGGAACUCUCACGCCGUACGAUACCUUUGUCAAGGCACUCGAGGAUAACCGUAACCGGGCUCUGUCAGAGAUGGUCUGA